AUGGACCAUUCGGUUAGCAAGCCGAUAAUGGUAGCGAAUUCGAGUACAAGCCAGGCAGCGUCGCCACAUUCGGAAUCUUACGGACCUGGUGUGCUGCAAAUGGUGGUGGAUAAUGUGUUGAGUGGAUCACCUGCAUCUGUCAAUGCCAAAUUCGGGCCGUCGAGUACUCGAGGAGAAGUUUCGCUGCGCAUUACUGACGGAAAGAGUGAUGAGAAAAGGAACGAUGUUAAUACCGUGGGGUUGCCGAUACCUUAUGCAGUUCCUAUAUUCAAUCAUUCCAGUGUAGAAGCACAAGGUGGUACUCCUGAUUUUCAGAUGGCACCAUUUCUGUUCCAAGGAGGUCACGUGAUUGGUGGGAAUACGACUAUGCCAUUCUUCUCAGGAUCACCUGCAGCACCUGCUUUUGGUUAUGGAGCGUGGGGUGGAACGUAUUCUCCCCAUCAAGCCCCGACGACGUCAUCCAGUGAUGAAUGCCUGAAAAAGGGGGGAGGUGCAGGAGCUAUGCAAACGAAUGCGUUUUCGACUUCACCGCCAUUUUCAUAUCAAAACGCAAUGCUAGGUGUCACGAAUAGCAUGUCAAACUUGACGUUAGGAGGACCGCAACUUCCAAACCAACUCCGUCACGAUCAGGCACUCACAAGCGCAUCUUCUGGUCUUCCGAGUGUACCUGCUCCUCAUAUGAUGUACAUGCAAUACAAUCAGUCGAAUCCACAGACGCCAACUCUUGGUAAUAGUCCAACUUUUUUUGGGAGUGCUAUCAAUGGUAUCCAGAAUAUGGGGCUUGUUACCGGUACCGCGAUACCAAGUUAUCCGCAGUCACGUGUCCCAAUCUACGGUGUCCAGCCGCAGGCCACCAAUUCGUCUCCGUUCAGUACUAUAUCUCAACGCCGUAUCAUGGAAGAAGGUGGUGUCAGGUUUGUCGAAGUAUUGAAAGAUCAAUUAGGCAUGGAAUGGAUCGAGAGUCGCAUUCUCCGAACUUUUUUCAUUCAUUUAAGUAUACUGAUGUGA